AGUGAAAUUUUAAAAUAUAAUUUUCGAUAUUGUAACUUUCGGUAUAAAAGCAACUUCUGGGGUUGGAAAAAUUAUCAGUUUCUGAAACUAACUACUUCAACUCACUUACUAAAUCAACAUGAAGUUCCUCGCUUGCUUUUUAGUGCUGUCGAUCUUCCUCUUCCUUGGACAAACUCAGGCACAAUGCCCGAAUGCGCCAAGAUACUACGGCUGCUCGGGUGGUUAUCAUAGCGGUCAUGGUGGAUCCGGUUGCUACGGUGGCACCAGAUGGUAUUACAAUUAUGGAGCUGAUGCGUGCUACAGUUUCUACUAUAACGGCUGUGGCGGUAACUCGAACCGUUAUUGUUCGCUAGCAGCCUGUCAAAAUAACUGUGAAUAAUAGUCAAGUGUAAUCAAAUGCAAUGGACCGGUUUUUGAGCAAUAAAAUA